AUGACGUUGGAUCUAGUCUUAGUGUGUAUCGUCCUCUUCGCGGUUCGAUGGAUCAUGCAAAGGCGGCAGCAUUUCACAUACUUUAAAACCUUGGGCAUUCCCGGGCCUGAACCAAGCCUCUUUCUGGGAAAUAUGAUGGAGUUAUACCAAAAGACACCGACCGUUGUAUAUCGGGAGUGGAUCAACAAGUACGGAAAGGUCGUCGGGUACUUCAACGGCUACAGACCAGUUCUGCUCGUGGCGGACCUCGAGGUGUUAAAAAACGUGCAGGUCAGGAACUUCCAGGAUUUCCUUGACAGAGCCCUCCUGUUCCAGAACAAGCGACCGUCUAGUCCACACGACAAGAGCAUCAUGCAACUGAUGGGGACCAGAUGGAAGGAAGUGAGGAGUGUCCUCACACCAUCUUACACCUCUGCCAAGCUAAAAAUGAUGUCAGGAAGCGUCAUUUCGACCGUGGAAGAAUUGAUGGGAAGGCUUCAACAGGUGGCGCAGAAGAACGAGGAAUUCGAGAUCGGCCCAAUGUACCAGGCGCUCACACUGGAUCUCAUCUCGCGCAGCGCGUUAGGCAUCAACUUGAAGAUCCAGCAGAAUCCCAAGCACCCGUUUCUGACUAGCAUCAACAUGCUUUUCGGGUGCACUUUCUCCUUCAUCGCUGUGCUACUUGCGUCCUUUCCUGGACUGGAGGGUCCACUGAGAGUCCUGAACGGCUGGAGGCUUAGAAGGAUUAACGGCGGAGUGCAUCCUUUCAGCGAGGUUCAGGAAAAAUGCAAAAGCAUUAUUAGGCAACGACAGAAGACCGACGUCAAGCUUCCUCCGCAGAAAGACCUGUUGCAGUUGAUGAUCGAAGCUAAAAAGUCGAAGGUGGACGUCACGAGUGUCACAUCCGAGCAGCUUACAGCAGCCGACGAGAACGAACACGAACUCAAGGUUCUCACCCAGGGAACAAACGUGCUUAACCAUUCAUCCAAGACAGUUCUGGACGAUGACGACAUCAUACAGAAUGCCUUCUUCGUUCUCGUUGCGGGGUUCGAGACAACUAGCAACUCAAUGGCAUUCAUCACUCACAUGUUGGUGAAUUACCCCGAGGUUCAGGAGAAGGUGCGACAGGAACUCUUGUCUGUCCUGGAACCUGACGAAGAAAUUACCUAUAAUACCAUUCAAAAGUUGCCUUACCUACACUGCGUGGUGUGUGAAACUAUGCGGAUGUACCCUCCAAUAUUCGGGUUUGUGACACGAGAGGCAGCAGUAGACAAGCAGUACGGAAAACUGAAGAUCCCCGCAGGCACGGCAGUCAUGAGCGCCGUCGAAUACAUUCACAAUGACCCGGAUAACUGGGACAAUCCCCAUGUUUUCAACCCGGACAGGUUCCUUCCCGAGAACAAACAGAAAUUCAAUCCCUUGGCCUGGCAACCAUUCGGUGCGGGACCCCGCAACUGCAUCGGGAUGCGCUUCGCUCAAAUGGAAAUACGCUUCACCUUCGCUCACAUCCUCAGAAAGUACCGCCUUGUGCCCACGGAGAACACCGAAAAGGAUCCACCGAAUCUCGACAUGAAUCCUCUCGUGCUACGGAUUAAGAAUGGAGUGCAUGUGAAGGCCGUGCUACUUCAAAAUGGUUUACACUGA